AUAACCGAAGCAAGCAACCCAAAAUCAUUUCUGCCUAUAAAGCUUUUUGCCUUUUAAUGAAUCUCCAGAGAGUGAGAGACUGACUAAAAGGCUAAAACACACCCUCUAUCCAAACAAACUCUUCAGAUUAUCGUCUCCUAGUUUUGUCUCUUUGUAAUAGACUCUUCUUUCUGUAUCUGUCUCUCUCCCAUUUUUUUUCUGUAAGGGGAAUCUGAGAUUCAGCGCCUGAUUUUCUCGGAGAAAAAAAGAAAAUCGAUUUUGUUUUUUUUGAAUUGGUGAUGUACAUUGAGCAGAGACGGUCGUGAGAUUCGUGUUUGAUUACUUUCGUCUUUGAUUGGAAAAAUUAUGAAUCCGUCUGAAUCGUCGUCUCUCGGCGGGAAACAGCCGAGCCUCCGUCGAAGCCUAUCGACGCCGACGCUGUGCGGCGGAGGAUCCACGGCGGCGGAGUUUUGCGGCGGUACGACGGCGGGAUGCGCCGCUUUGUGCUGCUGCGCUCCUUGCAGCGUGGUGAGCCUCGUCGUCUUCGCCGUCUACAAGGCCCCCCGGAGAAUCUGCCGCCGCGCUAUUCGCCGCGUGCGGCGGAGGAGACGGAGGAUGUCGAAGAAGGAGGUUUCGGAGGAUGGAGAUUGCGAGAAGAAGCUGUGCAAAGUCGGGAGCUCGCAGUUCGCUGUUCAUCCGUUGGGGAGUAAAGAGGAUGGAGAUUUGGAUAAGUUAGCAAUGUAUUUGUCAGAUGAUGAAGAAGAAGACGACGACGAAGUGAUUGCGUUAGAGAAAGAGAUGUGGAAUAGAUUUAACAGUGGUGGUUUCUGGCGAGCCGAAACGGCGUCGUGUAGACAGUUUGAAAUGUAG